CCGAUGAGAGCCGCGCCGCACUCAGCACACUGUGUGAAGUGCUGCAGAUACAUCGGCUCAACUCCAACGUCAUUCUAACGGCAUCUGUAUCCAUAUACCAAGUCACACGCCCGACCAUAACGGACCAAGACCCGGGUCUACGACAGAAAUUGCUGGGUCUUUUAGUGCGUGCGCUGGGUGAUCACCAGGCGUGUUACCAGAUACAGAAGAACAUAUGCCUGAUACUGUGCCACUUUGACCUGAGUGAGCUCAAGCCCUUUAUCGCGCAGAUACCUACACUGCUUCUGGCGGGGGCCAUACGCCAUUCGGAUAAGGAAAGGGGCGGGGUACUGCAGCGCGUGGCUGUGGGACUGACGGGUAACUGGGUCUGUCUGGGCGUAGACUACAAGACCCUCCUAGGCGACGCAGGGGUGGUGGCGUAUCUGGUGCAGCUGAUUGGCGUGGGGCUGGACCAGGACAUGCAGAUGGCCACAGUCAUUGAGAGUGUGUGGGGGGCGCUAUGGAACAUCACCGACGAGGCACCCGGCAACAGCGCGCUGUUCCUGGAGUGUGGGGGAUUGGCCAUGAUUGUGAAGACGUUCGAGAAGUUUGAAACCGAAAGCAUCUCGGAGAACCUUCUGCGGAAUAUGUUGGGGUUAGUAGGGAAUGUCGCGGAAGUGCCGUCUCUGCGUCACUGGUUACUGAGCGAUGUUAUACUUAAAUUCUUAACGAACUUGCUGCAGAGGAGUCGCACACACAUGGACAUUGAAGUGGGCUACAACGCGGCGGGGAUUCUGGCUCAUCUGUGCUCCGAGACGGCGCCCGUCUGGCAACAAUACAACGUACAGAUAUCCCGUACGUCCGUGUUGUCCACACUCAAUGAAUCCGUGCGGUCUUGGGAUCUGAGGACUGAGCGCACCAUCAAGUACCGGUCGCUCGUACCCAUCGUAGACCUGGCCUUAGCUGGCUGUCCAGAGGCACAGGCGUGGGCGAUGUGGGCUCUGGUGAACCUGUGCUCAGUCUAUCCUUCACGAUACGUACCGCUUUUGACGUCGACGAGCGGAUGCACACACCUAAAGGACAUAGCUGGCUCAUCGAAUGCAUACACGGGGGUGGACUACAUGUCACACUCGGCAACGGCAUAUGUGAGCUUCCUUUCAUUCACACUUAAUCGGCUCCUGUGCCACUACCAACGCUCGGGUGUGCCCAGGAGUGCGAGCAGUUGUAGUACUGAACGGCCAAAUAUGCUCCACUGUAUAAGUUAAUGGCUUGCUGACACACACGGCCAACAUAAUACGAGUAUAAUUACAAUCACGGAACGUUUUGAAUAUAUAGUGUACAGAUUACAAGUAUAAGUACAUUUACCAUACCAAUUUUAGAAGCACUGUGUGUGCAUAUCUGUCACAUUAAGACUGAUAUGUUUGUAUCUCAGUCACAUUAAGACGGAUGCAUUGUAUAUAGAUUCUGGUAUACCUCACACACGCCAAUACAAAGGAGUAUGAAGUAUUGGGCAGUGGGUGAGGAGUCCAGGUUCCGUGGUUUAUAGCUCUCAACACAGACCACGGAUUGAUAAAGUAGGCAGGGCAUACAAGUCCCCUGUCAUCACAGAAAGAUUACAAAGAAUAUAAGUGGAGUCGUGAGAUCUCGAAUAAACAUAAAAAGUAUUGAGAGGCCGAGGCGUAGUAUGGAAACGUACUGC